UGUGCGGUGUACACACACACAUAUGUAUAGACAACGUUUGAAAGUUCUAACCUAAAAUUUUCGAAUAAUGACUACGUUAUUUUUUAGCUGAUAAAUAUCGAAAGAAAUGCGGAUAAAUAUUGUGUUGAUAUAAAGGAAAUUAAAACUUUUGUUUAGUAAUAUAUAAAGAUGCCAACAGUUAUAGCACUAGAUGUGUCUUUAUCAAUGAGGCGUCCUAUAUUAGGAAGCGGAUCUGGUGAAAAUAAUCAAAUUGAACAAUUAACAAGACAUAACUUAGCUGUACAUGGCAUAAAUGCAUUAUUACAUUAUUUGCAAGCAAACUCAAAAUUAGAAUUUGUGGCUUUAGUUGUGUUUUCCUCAUUGUACGAAGUUAUUUGCCCAUUCACUCGUGAUUAUGAUAGCAUACGUUCAAAAUUACAAAAUAUCGAAGAAUGUGACAAGACUUGUAUUGAAACUGCUCUUCAUGGUGUUAAUAAUGUUAUUAUGGCAGAAUGGGGUAAUACUACUGCUUGUCAAGUAGUGUUAAUCACUGAUGGUAAUCCUGGAGUAGGACCGAUGUCUUUAGGUGAUUCUUUGAAUUCCUUAAAUGUAACAAGAGAUGUAAAUCCAUUUCCACUACCUUUUCCUUAUCCAGGAAAAUUAAGCGUUAUAUGCCUUGCAUCACAACAAGAUGCUGGUUUACACGCUGGUUUACCACUGUACCAACGUUUAGUUGAUCUUGCUGGUGGUGAUAGCGUAGUAUUAGUGCCUGAAGCUCCACUUUCAAAACAUUCGGUCACAACUUGUUUUCAGAAAUUAUCAGAAGCUAAUUAUGUGUCUUUUCAAGGAUAUUUGAAGUGUGGAAAUUUGGGUUCUCGCAUUCUUCUUUCACCAGCACCUAUGCCAUACACUAAGAAGACAGAUUUUGAAUUAACAUCUGGGUUAAUGAUAUCAAAAACCAUAGAAAUUUGUGGAUUUAUAUCGGUAGCAGAUGUUGGUAGUCCUAGUGCUAUAUCUAGACAUUUAGUGUUACCAUUAGCCACAGAAAAGAGUCCAAGCAUGCAAGGAAUAUCUUUAGAAGAAGAUUCGGAUACGGAUGAGAAUGGAGAUGAAGGAAAAGUACCAUCCUUUUGCGUGUUAUUACAUGGAGCACUAAAGGUUGAAAAUAUGGUAGCUCUCUGUUUGUUAAACAGUGAAUGGUAUGGAUUUAUAUAUUCAUGGGCAGAUACAAAAAAAAAGUCAAAUUUAAUGUUAACAGUAUUAGAACCAGGUUUAGAUGUUGUGCCUUGGUUAGGUAAUUUCAGCAAUUUAGGUCCUAUUGAUGCAGCUAAAGGUACUGCUGUUAGUUUUCCAGUUAGGCCAAAUGACAAAAGGAGUUAUACUCAAAGUGGACCUUCUUGGAUUCGUCAAGGCGGGUUACAGUCAGAUAUUCAGAAAAUUUUAAGGCAUGCAAGAAAGUUACCUGAGAAAACUCAAAACUUCUAUAAGGAGGUGAAUCGAUUACGUAAAGCUGCAUCAUCAAUGGGAUUUAUAGAACUUCUAGAAGCAGUGGCUUGCAUUUUAGAACGAGAGUGUACAUUAUUACCUCCAAAUCUUAAUCCUGACUGUACAAUCCAAAUGGGUCAUGUAGCUUCAUUGAUAAGGAAACCAGAGUUUCUAGAGCUUAGAUACAAUAUACCACCAGCACGUACUAGAUUUCAACAUGGAGGAUCGUAGAUGAAGUAACAACAUAUCUGUGACAUAUAUAUAUAUAUAUAUAUUUAUAUAAAAUAACAAUCAUUUUUUUACAUUAAGAAUAAGUUUAGUAUUUUAAAUAGUGAUUUAUUAAAUACUUUGGAGAUACACAC